AUCAAGCCGCCUUAUCCGUGCGACCAUGGCCUGCGAAGCUCGAAGCUCGCAGCGCUGCACCAGACGUCGUCUCUUGUGCUGCGUCGCCGGCCCCUCGCCCGUAGCCCUGCGUGCCCGUCGCCGUGAGCGCCUCCUCGUCCGCGCCGACCAGCAGGCUGAAAGACGGCCGUCCACUCUUUUGUGCACCAUCCUUUGCUGCUCAUCUGGCCGUCGAGUCCCGUGCACCCGCGUACUACCUCCCCGUCGCGCCCGCACCCGCCCUGCGCCCUCAUCCGUCUGACUCUCCUAUGCUCCCGAGCGACCUCAAAUGGCCAUUGGAAAGGAGGGUAACGUGAAGUGGGUGGAUGGCCUGCGAGGCUUCGCAUCUGCCCUCGUCGUCCUCACCCACAUCUCGCGCGCCUGGGCCGGCAAUCUCUUCUGGGCCACCACCGCCGAAAAUACCACCCCCAAGCUGCUGCAGCUGCCCUUCCUGCGCGUCCUCAUCCAGGGCCGCCUCGGCGUCUCCAUCUUCGCCCUUGUCACCGGCUACGUCUGCGCCCUCAAACCUCUCAAGCUCUACCGCCAGGACAAGCACGAGGCCGCCUUCAUCUCCAUCUCCAAGUCGGCCCUGCGCCGCUUCCCGCGCCUGUUCCUGCCCUCGGCCGCCGCCACUGUCCUCUCCUUUCUGAUAUGCGAGCUGGGCCUGUUCUCCGUGGCAGAGCACGCCGACUCGGGCUGGAUCAGCCAGAUUCCCCCGCGCAAGGGCAGCCUGUUCCCCGCCAUCGGCAAUCUGGUCUACGAGAUCGGCGCCAUCUGGAUCAAGCGGAACAAUGAGUACGAUCGCAACCAGUGGACCAUGCUGCCGCUCCUGCAGGAGAGCAUCAAGAUCUAUGCCUUCCUGCUCGCCGUGGCCUACAUUAGGCCCCGCUACCGCAUGCUGGCGAGCUUCGCCAUGUUCGCCUACUACUGGAUGGGCAACGACCCCGUCUUUGGUAUGCUAGGGUUUUGGGGCGUGCUCAUCGCCGAGCUCCAGUUCGAGCCCGCGACCGCCCGCUUCAUCGACCAGCAGCGCAUCCUCGCGCCUGUGCUCUCCGCCGUCCUUGUCUUCUCCGGUUUCUACGUCGCCUCGUACCCCGAGUCCCAUGCCGAGUGGAUGCCCUGGUCCGACAACCUGACCCAUUUUCUCAAGCCAAACCUUCCAGAGAACCCAGACCUCCCCCGUUUCUCCAGUGGCAUCGGCCUCAUGCUCGCCGCCGUCGGCAUCGUUCUCAGCCCGCGCCUGCAGGAAAUCCUGUCUAGUAAGAUUUUACUGUUCUUCGGGAAGAUGGGGUUUGCCGUGUACCUUCUGCACGGAACGUUGAUGAAGACGAUUCUUUCGUGGAUGGUUUACGGCAUCAGCGUGCCAGCGGAUCACAAGGAUGACAAGGGCCAACCGCAAAUGACCCGGAUGAAGUAUCCCGGCCAUCAGACGCUGUUUGUGUGCCUGUUGUUUUGGAUGCCCAUCUUGUACGGCUCGGCGUAUGCGUGGACGCAGUACGUGGACCCGUGGUGCGAGCGCAUGACGAACAAGCUGGUGGAAAAAAUCAAGUUCGAGGAGACUAAAGGGAAUGGAUAUAUUCCCAUGAGCGGUGUGCAGGGUCAGGGACACGGCCCUGGACACCAUGCAGCAUAGAGGUGGAAAAGCGAGUUUUUUUUCUUGUUCAUUCUGUAUAUGCAUCGGAGACGUAGCGUUCAUAAAGAUAUCCUACGAGCAAUCAAAGGUCGUACAAUCUAGG